AUGCGGUUUGGUAGAGUGGCAAUGGAUGGAUCCAUGGUGAGGUCACGAUGGUGCCCUCUGCUGGUGGUGCUCUGCUUCGUCAGCUCGAGCUCGCUGCUGGUGAGGUCGCAGACGUCGUCGGACUCGUGCGCCGCCGCGCUCAGCGUCGGCAGCCUCCUGCCCUUCAACACCACCGGCCUCAAGUGCCUCCAGGCAUGGCCGUCGCAGGACUUCGUCCUCAGGUUCGGGAAGGACGCGUCGGGGAGCAACGUGUGGAACUUCGUGCUGUCGGCGCCGGACACCGGCGGGUACAUCGCCGUCGGGUUCUCGCCGAGCGGGAAGAUGGUGGGGAGCAGCGCCGUGGCCGGCUGGGUGCCGGCCGGCAAGGCCGGCACGGCGAGGCAGUACUACCUCGGCGGGAUGAGCUCCUCGUCGUGCCCGCCGGACCAGGGGAAGCUGACGCUGUCGCGCGGCCCCGCGGCGCCGGCCAUCGUGUCCAAGAGCUCCAGGCUCUACCUCGCGUUCCAGUUUUCCGGCCAGCCGCUCACGAAGGUCAUCUACGCCGUCGGCCCCAAGGGCACGCUGCCGGACUCCAACGGCCUGCUCGCGGUGCACCUGGCCAUGGCGACCGGCUCCAUCUCCCUCUCCGGCGGCGCUGCCGGCACCCCCGCUACCGGCAGCAGUGGUGAGGGCGACGAGGGCAGCGAGGGGAGCGAGGGCGGAGAAGGGAAGGGCAAGAGCGAUCAUUCCGGAGCCGCCGGCGAGAGCGGCAGCGACGGGAAAGCGACGACGACGACGACGGCCUCGGCGACCAGCUCAAGCGCGGGAGUUCCCCGCGCCCAAUGGACAAAAUGCGGCCAAUUCGUUCAGAUUUUGACGUAUUUCGCGUUCUUCUCGGUCAAAAUUUUAUUUUAA